AUGUCUGAGACGACUACCGAGGAAGACGAAGAGGUCCACCCAAUGCGUUACUCGCAAGGCGACCUCGCCAUCCUCAGCGCCGAGGUCUACAACCCGGGCUUUUCCUACAACACAUCUACCAAGGCACAAGUGUCAAAGAAGGGACGCCCUGCGGCAUCAAAUUUGGAUACCGGUCCGAGGAAACGUGCAAAGACCCAGGCCACCGAGACAGAGAAUGAACCAGAAGAAAAGAAGCGGUCAAGAGGGCGACCGCGCCUGGACGUGAAGGAUGUGUCACCCAAGGACCGCCGAAGAACACAGGUGCGCCUCGCUCAGCGGGCCUAUCGCAACCGAAAGGAAGAGGCUAUUCAGACUCUCGAAAAGCAAGUCCAGGAGCUCAAGGAGAAGAACCAGGAGAUGAACAAUGCCUUUCUACGGCUGUCCGAUUUCGCAACGAGUAUGGGCUUCUUGGAGCAGUUACCAGAACUUGGACACCAGCUGCGCCUGACAACCGAGAGAUUCCUGUCGCUGGCCAAGAGCACUACUGGUCAAGAAGGGAACAGCGGCCAACCGGCUUCUACUUCUAGUGACGGCUCGUCAUCCCGAGACAGGUCGGAAAGCGCACCAGCCGACCCCCAGAUCCCAUCAACAGUCGCCGAUAAGCCACCACAACAACAAACACAAUUGUAUGGCGGGCUCAUGGUCAGCCAUGAAUCGGCUAGCCAGCCGACCAGCAUUGUGUCUGCUCUCCCCCAUGACUUUGGACAGUCCAUGCCGUCAACGGCUCUUGGCUACGAAAUUGUCACGCACCCAACCCUCACCAACGCUAGCUUUCCGUUCCAGACAACUCCAGACUUGACCUUCCUAGACCAGUUCACCACACCAGGUCUCCACAGCUCUCUCCCAGCGCCCCGGUCUUACGCCCCUCACGAGAUCACAUUCGGCCGAAGACUCCAACGAUUCGCCAUCGAGAAAGCUCUCGUCCUCAUCUCCAUGCCGGACCCCCCCGAGAACCGGAUCACCCGUGUCUUUGGCUUUUGUCUCCUCUUCGAAACACCCGACCUCAUCAAGCGCCGUCUCGCCAGACAAGUAGCCCGCAACGCGCAAGACACCCUUCACAACUGGCAGUUUCCCUUCCACCACCUCGGCGGCGCCGGCACACACUACGAUGUCACCACGGGAAUCACCUCGCAGCGAAUCGGCAACCAGGGCACAAGCGAUGUUCUCAAACCAGCCAACACAUCCGGCUUCGCGACCGGUCCAUUCAGCCCAGAAGUGAACCGGAUACGAGACAAUGCCUUGGACAAAAACAUGCGGAUAGAAACCCCUGGAUUCGGAGGGGACUUGCUCGACCCGGAUGAGGUGGAGAUUUAUCUCCAGGAAAGGGGCGUUAUUAUUCCUUCCGGGACAGACUUCAUCACGGCAGAGGUUGACCCAACGGCAUUUGACACCCCAGAGUCGGGGAAGUAUCCGUUCAAGAGUGCGGCGGGGGCACACCCGGAGUUUUCGUCACUUUCGAGUCCUUUGACGGCGGGGCGUGCUUCCCGACCGCCGAUGCCGAGUAGUAAUACCUUUGGAGAUCAGUCGCGAGAGUCAGGCUGGGGGAAUCACAUGACUAGCGGGGGAAACGUCAAGAUUGAUUCGCUGGGAAGCUUCUCACAGGCCCGUUCAUACACAAUGGGCGUGCCGUCAACAUCUCAUGAUGCUGAGUUGAGAAAUUUGUUUGCUUUUUCGGGGGGUAUGGAGAGCAAUGGUGGUUUUGGGGAGGGGUCACAGCACCAACAGUCACUGCCGAGACAGAGGGUAACGGUUGAUGUUCAUCAGUUUAUUAAGGGAAUGGUAAGCAAUGCCACCUGUUUAGGUCGAACACCUGGGUUCAGGCAGGAGCACAUAAAUGCAGCGUUUUGGCUGGCAGUGCAGAGUUAG